AGCGAGGAAUUCGGGGUGAAGGAUCAGCGAAUUCACUACACAUGUUCAUCUACAUCAUCCAUGGAGACAAUCUGAGAUUUCUGGUGAAUAUUCAGUGCCGGGUGAUCCACCUUCUACACCUCCUCCGGGGGAGGGCACACCUACCUCACACAGACGUCAUUGAUCUGUGUGAUGAGAACGGACGUCUGAUUUUGCUUUUUUUGAUCACAAAUUACGAUGAUCGCGCUGAGAAAUACCUGACUCCAGGCCAGGCGUAUUACAUGUGUAAGGUGGAGAAGGGGGAGCCAGGGACCAAAAGUGAACAAUGUUACAGACAGAUCACUGUCAUGUUGUCCAACCCGGACCCCACGAUCACAGACUUUCUGAACGUCCAGUGCAUGUCCAUGGAGAAAAGUCGCCGGAAGCUUCUGAAGACCAAGUUGUCGGCGGCUCGCAAGUGAGCACAUUUCCCUUCCAUCACUUCAUAGCGGGGGAGGGGAAAACGUAUUGAUGGGAACUUUUCUUACUUCUGAUGAAAACCCCGAAUUUAUUUCCCAUGGAAGAUGAUGUGAGGAUGACGUCACGUGAUCAGGUUACAUGAAGGUGGCCAAUAAAGGCACACGGGGUACACCUCA